GAGAGAGAAAGCGAGAGGGCAGCUGGUACAGCUAACAGUUCAGCAAGCACUGACCUUAAAGCUCGUACACGCUACACGCCACCACCCCAUCGCUGCCUUCCCCAACCCUGUCGGUCGACAACUCGCCCUCGAGCUACCCUCGCUACUCGUCUCUCCGGGGAUGAUGAAGCCCGGAGGCGUCAUCGUCUCAUCCAGCCCAGGGAGGGAGAAGCUCCCGGCGCCGCCCGGCCUGCUCUCCCGCAAGGCCAGCGGUAGCCGGAGCCGCGGCCGCUCCGCCUCCGCCGCCCGGUCCAGCCCCAUGUUCGUGUCCCGCAGCGGGAGCCUCGGCCGCUCGUCCUCGGCGGCGGCUACGGCCGCGGAGGAUGGGGAGCCCUCGUCGCCCAAGGUCACCUGCAUCGGUCAAGUCCGGAUUCGGAGCAAGAGGUCGGCCAAGCCGAAGACGCCCAAGUGCAAGAAGGCGAGAAGCAAGUCGUCUCUGAUGCCGUGCCGAUGCUUCCAUGGGGCUCUUCUCUGCAGCCUGUUCGCCGUCCGGAAGAGGCCCACGGGGGGUAAAAGCGGCGGGGGAGGCCGACGGUCGCUGUGGCGAGGAUGGGCUCGUAUCCGAACCGGCGGGAGUUGGGCGUACAAGCAGCGGAACCCCGAACCGGUCAGGCAGCCACCACCAACGGAGUUCGUCGGAGAUGGGAAAGCGACGCCGGAUCGAGAAGUGGUUGAGGACGUGGAGGAGACAGCUGCGCCCGAGCAGGAGGAGACCAGGGUAUUCGUACCGCCAAAGAACGCACUCCUACUGAUGCGAUGCCGAUCCGCCCCGCACAACCGGGCGUCCUCACUCGCCACCGCUCGAUUCGCGGGGCCCCCCCUUCCGGCCCCGGAACCUCCCGCAGCGGAGCAGCAGGAGGAGGCCACGGAAGCGAGUGGCCGAGGCGAGGAGCAGCAACAGCAGGAAGAGGGGGACGCGGAAGACGACGUCGAAGCGAGGGGAUCCGAGUCGCAGCGGCCGCUGGUGCUGCCGAGGAGCAAGUCGGAGCCCGCUCGGCGGACGUCGGCGAAGCUAACGCUCCCGGAAGCGUCGUACUGCUUCUGGACCAGCAGCAACAGCAGCGGCGGCCGGCGUCGUCGCCCGAGCCCCUCUCCCGAGGAGCGGGGCUCCCUCGCCGACGCGUAAUCCUGGCGCGCGAAUCUUAAAGACUCCAAGGCCUUCACUGACCUGUAACCCAGGGCGCGAAUCAUAAAGACUCCAAGGCCUUCACUGAUCUGUAACCACCCUGGGCGCGAAUCUUAAAGACUCUUGAGACCAUGAAUUUGAUGUUGAUGUGGCUUGUGCUCACAUAGAUACUUGAGAGGAAAGCUUUUGCUUUCUUUCGGCUGACCGAGGGAAGUGGAAAUCGAGGGAAAGGGAAUCCAUAGUGUGUUCGCAUCACUUUUAGGGAUGGAAGAAGAAGAAGAGACAACCAUGUGGCUACGGAAAGAAGAAGCUACGCGUCGCCGUACUCCUCAAAAGGAGUAAACUAAGAAGCACGAGGAAAGGAAGACAAUGCGGCGAAGGCUUCCCUUGUGGGAAGAUGACGUAAGGCCAUCUAAGCGGAUAUCGUCAGCUAAGCGGACUUGGGCUUCAUUAUUCAUGUAUCUACGAAUAAAGGCAUCAUCCUCAAAGCACACAAUCACACGGAAAGGAAGGUUCACGCUAGGUUUCAACGUCUCAAUGUCAGCUUUGUUUUGAACCUUUUUAGGCUGUGGCCAAGGUGUCAGCAAACAUAGGUAUGUCCCAAGGGCGCAAGAUCAUCAGCACAAUCUUUGAGUUGGAGCACGUUAACCCAAGAUUUGAUCGAGGGGGCAUAGGUCUUAUUCUUUCUUACGAAGGUCGAAUAUAUCUUCUUUGGUUGUUUGUUGGGUGCUUGCACACAGAUCGAAAUCGGAAGAAGGAUCCUCGACUUUAUCCCUCCGACAUUUAAGUUAAAAAAGGCUCUGCUGCAUAGAGUUGGGGUGUGAUUGUGUGUAUCCACCUCUCUCAGCAUUGUUCACGGGGGUAGCUUUUGU